AUGGCCAACUCCGAGGAAACGCCGCCGCCUUCCAGAAUCGAGGUUGAGGUGGUGACCGAGAACCUCGAGACCCCCGAGCUGGAUGAUCGUUCAUACCGUGUCAUCCGUCUGCCCAACGGCUUGGAGGCUCUUCUGGUUCACGACCCCACCACUGACAAGGCCGCGGCCGCGGUUGAUGUCAACGUUGGGAGCCACAGUGACGAGGAUGAUAUGCCAGGAAUGGCACAUGCCGUUGAACAUCUUCUGUUCAUGGGGACCAAGAAAUUCCCUGUCGAGAAUGCCUAUCAUCAGUACAUGUCAAACCAUUCUGGGCUCACCAAUGCCUUCACGGCGACAACCUCAACCAACUACCACUUUGAGGUCUCUGCCAAGCCCAGCAACGAUGAAGAGCCAUCUGCCACCAAUCCCUCACCACUGCUGGGAGCGCUGGAUCGCUUUGCCCAGUUCUUCAUCGAGCCACUGUUCUUGGAGAACACUCUGGAUCGUGAACUGAGGGCCGUUGAUUCAGAAAACAAGAAGAAUCUCCAGAGUGACAACUGGCGUCUGCACCAACUCAAAAAGACUCUCUCCAACCCGAAACACCCCCACCACCACUUCUCUACCGGCAACCUUGAGACGCUCAAGACCAUCCCCGAGGCAAAGGGUAUCAACGUGCGAGACAAGUUUAUUGAGUUCUAUGAGAAACAUUAUUCUGCCAACCGCAUGAAGCUUUGCGUCUUGGGAAGGGAGCCCCUGGAUGUUUUGCAGGCUUGGGUGGCCGAGUAUUUCUCUCCCAUCAAGAACAAGAACCUGCCACGCAACAGGUGGGAGGAUGAGGUUCCGUUCACAAAGGAUCACUUGGGAGUCCAAAUCUUCGCCAAGCCUGUGAUGGAUACUAGAGAAAUUACUCUGAGCUUCCCCUUCAUGGAGCAAGAGAAUCUUUACGAGACGCAGCCUGGUGGAUACAUUAGCCAUCUCAUCGGCCAUGAGGGCCCUGGCAGCAUUAUGUCCUAUGUCAAGUCCAAGGGAUGGGCCAACGGUCUGGGCGCCGGGCCAAGUAACAUUUGCCCCGGGUCUCCGGACCUGUUCGACAUCGGGAUCACCCUGACAGAAGAGGGACUGAAAAACUACAAGGAGAUCGUGAAGGUCGUGUUUGAGUACAUCGCCCUUCUGCGAGAGACGGAGCCGCAGCAGUGGAUCUUUGAUGAGCAAAAAGGCAUGGCAGAUGUCAAUUUCAGGUUUAUGGAGAAGUCUCGAGCUUAUCGGUUUGCAAGUUCCGUCAGCCAAAGGAUGCAAAAGCCAAUCCCCCGCGAGCAUCUGGUGUCUGGGUAUUCCAAGCUUCGCAGAUUCGACCCGAAGUUGAUCAAGCAGGCUUUGGGCUGGCUACGACCCGACAACUUCUUUCUCGUUGUCACCUCACGGAAUCCCCCUGUUACGUUGGACAAAAAGGAGAAAUGGUAUGGGACGGAGUACACCGUCCAACCAAUUCCGGAGACUCUGAUGAAGGAGGUCCAGGCGGCAGCUACCAGCACACCUGACAACCGAAAAGCGAAGCUUCAUCUCCCCCACAAGAACCAGUUCAUCCCAACAAAGCUAGACGUGGAGAAGAAGGAAGUCAAAGAGCCUGCCAUCGCCCCGCGGAUUAUCCGCAACGACUCUAUGGUCCGGACCUGGUACAAGAAGGACGAUACGUUCUGGGUCCCGAAAGCAAGUAUAAUGGUUAGCUGCCGGACACCAAUCACCUCACUGGCGUCUAUGCGGGCAGCAGGCCGUCUUUUCACAGAUUCGAUCAAGGACGCGCUCGAGGAAUACUCAUAUGAUGCCGAACUUGCUGGUGUUGAAUAUACUGUGAUCUGCGAGGAGCGGGGAAUGUAUAUUGAGGUCUCUGGCUACAACGACAAGCUUUCGGUGCUCCUAGAACAGGUUCUGGUCACCAUGCGCGACCUCGACAUCCGCGAAGAUCGAUUCGCCAUCAUCAAGGAACGCACGAUCCGGUCAUACCGAAACUGGGAGCUUUCAGCACCAUGGACACAGAUUGGUGGAUACAUGAGCUGGCUGACGACAGACCACUACAACACCAUCCUGGAUAUCGCAGAGGAGCUUCCUGCCGUGACAGCUGAUGCGGUGCGAUCUUUCAAGAGGGAAUUCUUGGCCCAGAUGCACAUGGAAGUCUUGGUUCACGGCAACUUUUACAAGGAGGACGCACUGAAGCUGACCGACAUGAUCGAAAAGACGCUCAAGCCACGGCCAUUCCCUCCAUCUCAGUGGCGUUCACCUCGCGGGCUGGUGUUUUCUCCAGGGUCAAACUACGUCUGGAAGAAAACGCUCAAGGACCCCGCGAACGUGAACCACUCGAUCCACUACAUGCUCUACACAGGUGCCAAGAUUGAUCGUCCUCAGAGGGCAAGGACAGCUCUUUUGGACCAGAUCAUGCAUGAGCCUUGUUUCGACCAGCUUCGCACCAAGGAACAGCUCGGAUACAUCGUUUACUGUGGCUCUUGGAGCAAUGUGACAACGUUUGGUGUCUACUUCAUCAUUCAAAGUGAGAAGACGGCCCCCUAUCUUGAGACCCGGAUCGAAAAGUUCCUGGAGGACAUGGGGAAGAGACUCGAGGAUAUGAGUGAGGAGGAUUUCGAGAAGAACAAGCGAAGUUUGAUUGAACGGACGCUUGAGAAGGCCAAGUCGCUGGAGGGAGAGAGCAACCGGCACUGGCAGGCCAUUGAGUCUGAAUACUACAUGUUCAACAACCGACAGUUGAUGGUGGAGAAUCUGAAGCCACUGACAAAGGCUGAUAUGAUUGAGUUUUUCAACCACUACAUCAACCCUUCGUCCCCUUCGCGGGCGAAGGUUGCAGCUUAUCUGGAGGCCCAGGCCAAGAGCGAUGUGACAACGAAGCAAAUUACGGAUCUCAUCAAGACGCUCGAUCUCGAUGAAAGUACCGCUGCCCAGGCUGCCACUGACCUGCAGUCUCGCCUGAGUGCGGCUGGCCAUGACGAGGAAAAGGAGGUCGAAGGCCUUGUCGACUACCUCCAAGGCCUCGGGGUACCAGACGGCAAGGUAAAGGCUGCGUCUGACGUGUGGAGAAGACUACACUCUGAGCAUGGACCCGGCAGCGGAGUUGUCAAGGACGCAGAGCCACCAUCAUCCAAUGGGACGACACCCACCCUCAUCAAGGAUGUGCGAGACUUCAAGGCACUCCAUGCCACCAGCAGGGCUCCCUAUCCAGAGAAGGAUCUUGCGGAGUAUUAUGACCUGGAUGCAAAGCUUUAG